AUGGAUCCUAGAGAAGCGCCGGACUCAAGGGAAGAUGCCGUCAUAAGUGACGGUGAAGCUACGGCAUACGCUCUCGACAGUGACAUGAAGUGGUUUGUGAGGACUGCUGUGCGGGGAGUGCCUCGUCAUCAUCGUUCAGCGUACAUGUAUCAGCGCUUGCUUCAAACCCGUGAGACUGGUAAUACUCUGGAAGCUGCCGUUUUCUUUUCAGAGUUGGCUACAAUGGCGAAACCGGUGCCUACCCGACGUGUGCCUUUCAAUUUUUACAGUGUGUCGGAGGAUGAAUCUCUCAUACGAUUCAGGUUUUCCAAAGCAGAACUAGUCAUGCUCAUUGAGUUAAUGGGUUUGACUGAAACUAUAACGAGAGAGAGAACUAAAGCAUCAGCAAUCGAAGCUCUUUGCAUUUUGCUGUAUAGGCUGGCCGCUCCUGUACGUGGAACCGAGCUACAAGACUACUUCUGUCGCUCUGAGAGCGGGAUAUCAAACAUUUUCUUGCACACGUUGAAUUUUCUCGAUGUCAAGUAUAAGAAGCUACUAGCAUUUGGCGGUCACAUCGCAGCUACACGACUUUGUGUGUACUCAAAUGCAAUCUUCGAAGCUGGAUCGCCGUACACAAACAUUUGGAGCUUUAUUGAUGGCACUGUUAGAGGUAUUUGCCGUCCGCAGCCAAGGAAAAAUGGCACUGGGAAGAUGUUGACACAGCAAUCAGUUUAUAAUGGUCACAAGCGCAAGCAUGGUCUCAAAUUUCAGACUCUAGUCGCUCCCGAUGGACUUAUUAUCCAUCUAUUCGGGCCAUUUCCUGGGCGCAACCACGACAUUAAGAUGUUUGCCAAGUCCGGCCUUGCUGACCAGGUUCGUAGCGAUUUUCGCUUUGCCGACUACAGAAUUUUUGGUGACUGUGCUUAUGGCCGCGACGAUGUGAGGCUGAGCCCAUUCGAAGGCGCAGUUGGAAACCUUACCGAUGCGCAAAAGGAUAUAAACCGCAAGAUGAGCAAGGUCAGAGUGUCUGUCGAGUGGUCUUAUGCUCAAGUGGUGAACUAUUGGAAAACACUUGACGUCAAGUCAAAUCUUCGUGUCGGUACACAACCUGUUGGACAAAUGUAUCGCGUUGGUAUCUUAAUGACCAAUUGCAUAACAUGCACUCGUGGUGGGAAUACUGCAAGCGACUACUUCAGGGUCAAACCACCAGAUAUCAGAGAAUAUUUGAGGGCAAACAGCAAUUAG